AUGUUUAUUGACGAAACUCAGAGUCAAUAUAGCAACUGCUUCGCAGAAGCUGCUGCACAAGAAAAUUUAUUAGAAUUGCAACGAGACGCCAUAAACACUUUGCAAUUGAAAAUUGAGUACAUGAUUAAUGAUAAACAUUUAGUAGUUACAUCUUUACAUACUACAUAUUAUUCCAUAUUAAGUGCUGUACAGAUAAAUACUUUAAUGCAAGCGAAUAAUCUUUUGGAAAAUAAAUAUAUUUCUGUAAAGAAAUUGUGGAAAGAAACGAAUCAGGAACUGCAAGAAUUAAAUUACAAAUUAGAUUUAGCUGCAUUUAAAAAAGAAUUAAAAAUAAAAGAAGAAGAAAUAAAAGAUCUUAAUUGUUGUUUAAGAUAUGAAAAUCAGAAUCUAAAGAUAAGUUUAGAAAAACAAACUAAAGAAUUUGAGGAAAUAAUAGUAGAAUUAAAUAUUGCUAAACAAAAAGAGAUUAAUUUUAAGGAAUAUAUCAUCGAUUUGGAAGCAAGACAAGAGGAGAGAAUAAUAAAAAAUCUAAAACAACAAAUUGAUUGUAAUGAAUCUUUAAUAAGAAAACAAAUUCAAACUAUAGACCAAUUGCAACAAAAAUUGCAUACAUCUGAACAACAAGUUAGACGAUACAUAUCUGAAUACACAAGUUUUAAGGAAAGAUUUUUAUCAAUAAAAAUGUUACUCAAAGAAAAAUCUGAUAGCAUGGCAAAAUUAGAAGCAGAUUAUGAAGUAUUGAAAAAUGAAAAUUCAAUUUUAAAAACAGAAAACAUUGUAUUGGAAAACAAAACAAAAGAAGAUUUGUAUUUGCUAAGGAAAAAGUUAAAAGAAACUCAGACGGAGUUAUCUUUUAUGAAAAAUAAUUAUUAUGAAGCUGCUGAAGAUUAUAAUAAAGCUCAAGAAAAAUUGAUCCAAUCCGCAAGACGAGAGGCAGAGUUGCAAGAAUCAUUAACAAUUGCAGAGACAGAGUAUUGCUCAAAGCUUUCAAUUUUAGAAGGAAAAAUUGCUAGAUUGGAAAAUUUAAUAUGUGAACUUAAUGAAGAAUUAAAUGAUACUAAAAAGAAAUUAUCUUCCAAGAAUAUUGAACUUUGCCAAACACAAAACAUGUGUAAAUCGUUUGCCAAUCAAUUGAAGACUACACAAAAAGAUUUUUAUGAACUUCAAGAAAAAUACCAAAAAAUGGACAAUUCCAGUUGUCAUCUAACUCAACAAUUACAAGAAUGUAUUGAUGAAAACUAUACUCUUGUGCAGCAAAAAACUUCACUUGAACAAGACAACUACAAGUUUACGAAUCAAUUACAUAACAUGCACCAAUCUUUGACGGAGUUGAAAAAGGAAUGUCAAUCAAAAGACAAGUCUUUAGCAUGUGUGUCAGCAGAAUUAACUGAAACAGUAAUAAAUAGGUCAGAACUUUGCAAUGAAUCCCAAUAUAUGGUCUCGUGUAUUCGUACAUGGAUGGCAGAACAAAGACAACUUGUUGAAAGUCUUGUUUCAAAGUUACAAAUUAAACAACAGCAAUUAUCAAUAUUAAAACAACAAUUUGGACACGAAAAGAAAACUUUCUUAAUAAAAAUAAGAGAACUAAGAAGACUGAAUAAUAUAUUAACACAAAGAUUGAAAAAAGUACAUAGAACAACAAUUGGAAAAAAUACUAAAAGUGUUGGAUAUUCAUAUUUGACUCAAAACUAUGGUAAAUCUUCUCUAUGCCCGAUUAAAUCUAUACGUCGCACUUCAGUGUUUGGCAAUUCUUGGUGGUUCCCUAAGAUAGAAUAUUUAACAAGUCAAUUGAAAAAAAAUAAUCAAUGGUGGAAUGCAAAUGUAGCUGAUAAAUCAUCAAAGAAUAAUAGUGGAGUAGAUGAUAAUCGAGAUUGUGGUUAUCAAUCAUCUGCAAGCAAAUGACAGUAUAUCAUAAAAUCUGUCAUUAUGGCAUAGUCGAAUAAAAUCGAUGUAUGAUAGAAUAAUAAGAUAGAGUAAUAAUUAAUAUUAUAUAUCACUGAAAUUUGCAAACAAUCUAUGCCUUAAUGUUAUGAUU